GAGGUGAGUGCUCUCAAGGCAGGAAAAUUUCGAUGAUGACCAUGACUACGAUGGCUGACGGUCUGGAGGCGCAGGACUCGUCCAAGUCUGCUUUCAUGGAGUUCGGCCAGCAGUCCCACUCGCAGCAGAGCUCGCCGUCGAUGGCGGGCGCCCACUACCCGCUGCACUGUCUCCACUCGGGGACGCACCACCACCAGCACGACAACACCGCCGCCUAUCCGGCCGGCAACACCUACAACAGGUCCCUAGCCUACCCUUACGUCAGCCACCCGCACCACAGCCCCUACCUGUCCACCUACCACAACAACACGGGAGGACAGACGAGGUUAGACGGCGCAGAGCAGCAGAAAACGACAGUGAUCGAAAACGGGGAGAUUCGAUUUAACGGCAAAGGCAAGAAGAUCCGCAAACCCAGGACCAUUUACUCCAGUUUGCAGCUGCAGGCGCUGAAUCACCGAUUCCAGCAAACCCAGUACCUCGCCUUACCUGAGCGGGCCGAGCUGGCCGCCUCUUUAGGACUCACGCAAACGCAGGUCAAGAUCUGGUUCCAGAACAAGAGGUCCAAGUUCAAGAAGUUGCUCAAGCAAGGCGGAAACCCGCACGAAAGCGACCCCAUCCCGGGUUCCAUGAACCUCUCCCCUCGCUCCCCGUCCAUCCCGCCCAUGUGGGACGUCUCGGCCUCAUCCAAAGGAGUAAACAUGGCACCCAGCAGCUACAUGCCGGGCUACUCUCACUGGUAUUCAUCCCCGCACCAGGACUCCAUGCAGAGAUAGACUACGGAGGCCUCCGGUUGCGGCCUGGAAUUUGGGACUGGCCUCCAUUCGGAUAAACAUUCACAAAGGAGGCGCUGACAUUUUUCUUUUUUCUUUUUUUUUGAGCAUAUGACUGUACCACUGUCAUCCGUCACGUCAAUACACCAAAUAUUGUCAGUGACUUUUGAGCCACGUUUUGGGCAAAGACUGACCCACGUGGCCUGCGUUGACAUGAGGACUUGGGCAUUGCUUUUUUUUAUUAUUUUUAUUUUUUUAUUUUUGGGGAAUUGUGUGUCUGUAAAUAGCCAUUUGACUUUU